AUGGGCAAUGGAUUGUUCUCGAAGAGGCAACUCAAGCCAUCCGAGUUGGGCUACCCUCCUGAGAGACUCAUACUCCCAGAAGAACGCAUCAAAAACGAAUAUGCUGCACUUUGCUACAUUCGAGAUAACACCACCAUACCCAUUCCAGAGAUCGAGAGCUUUGGACGAGACGAGAACGACUCAUUGAAACUUGUCACUGGCAUCGUUGCUGGCAAGAUGCUCGAGGACUUUGAUGACGAGGAACGACCUGCUGUUCUCGAGGCGGUGGACCAGCAGAUGGAACGUCACAUUUUCCCGCAACCUCAGAAGCUUCAGCGUGACAGUGUCGGCUGUGUCGACGAAAGCCUACCAGUCAUCGCACCCAACUGCCUCAUGUACAAGCACCGCCGACCCUUCUGGAGACGCGUGACCUCCGAUACGCCUUCUUUCGUCUUCUGCCAUAACGACUUGAGCGGCUUCAACAUCAUUCUCAACCCCGACACUUAUGAGAUCGCUGCGAUCAUCGAUUGGGAGUAUGCAGGAUUCUUCCCCGCCUGGUUUGACAGAAGGCUUUGGAGGGAAAGAUACAACAAACGAAAUUGGGAUGAGGUGGAUAAAUACAUCGAGGACGCAAAAGACUUCUUCGACAAAGACGCACCCAAGUAG